AGUGGCUGAAGGAACAAGGUUUCGGUGGCAUUAUGGUUUGGUCUACCGAUAUGGAUGACUUCUCUGGCCGCUGCGGCGCAGGCAAGUAUCCGCUUUUGAAUGCCUUGAGUGACGAAUUGAAAGAAUAUAAAGUGGAAUUGGAGUAUGACGGUCCCUAUGAGUCGCAUGGGCCACGCGGCGCCUACACCACAAAAGAUCCUCACGAAGUCACCUGCGAGGAGGAAGAUGGUCACAUUAGCUAUCACAAAGAUUGGAGUGACUGCACUCACUACUACAUGUGUGAAGGUGAACGCAAACAUCAUAUGCCAUGUCCUGCCAACUUAGUUUUCAAUCCACAAGAAAAUGUCUGCGAUUGGCCCGAAAAUGUGGAGGGUUGCCACGCGCCGACAGAAGCGCCUGCCUAAUAACUACAUACAUUCUUAAAUUGCUUUGCUGUUAUGAAAUAUUUACUAACUUAGAACAAAAGGCGCGAAUUU